GUUUGUGUCAGAUCAGUGUGUGUGAGAGGGUCAGCACAAUGACACAGUGGUGGAUUUUACUCGCCGUUGUUUACCUGCUCAGCCUGCAGGCAGCUGCUCAGCACCACAGGAAAGCUCUGUAUCCGGCUGCAUACAGGGUAAAGCGCGGGGCGUAUUCGCUCAUCAACCCCACAUUCCAGCACUCGCAGGAGGAUGCCGGUUUGCUUUUCGAGAUUCUUCUGUCCGGGAUGCAGAUCCGAGGCGACAACGACACCUUACUGAUCCCAGACGAGGAGCUGGCUUCUUUACGAAGAGUUAAAGCGUUGGAAAUCAUCUGCGAGGAUGUUCUGCCCAAGAAGCUCUCUGAGAUCCGCCGCCUGACGGCUGAGCUGGCCCGGCGGCGACGGCCUCUCGGCUGGCAGGACUUCGAGAGGACCGUGCUGACUCUGGUGUACACGUCGCAGACGCUGGCCCAGACCGCGGACCCGUACCAGAGGGGGUUGUGGACGGACUCUUUGAUGCAGCUGUUUCGGGCUGUUCAAAAAGACCUCCGACCCUCCUGAGGGAGAGUUUCAUAAAGWUCAAUACUUAGUUUUACAUCACAUCCUGAGAACGUACGUAAAAUACUAAAUUGGUUACAUCUAGCUWGAAAAACUCUAAAACACGUAAGUUUGUGUUUGUCUGUUGGAGCAAGAUAUCUCAUGAACCACYGGAUGUUUUUUAAAGAAACUCCACAAACAAAGUCAGGCUUCUUAUACUUGUUUUUUAUAUACUGAUUGUCCAAAAAUAUCACUUCAAGGCUGUCAAGUUGGAACUCCAAGGGGUUAUGCCUUUUUUUUUAGCUUUCCCACAUGACACUAAAUCAGWCUGCCAAGUAAAUGUUUUAUUUGCCUUUGGAUAAACCAGAGGUGUCAAACUCAAUUACACAAGAGGGCCAAAACUCGAAACUUGGUCGAAGUCAAAGGCCAGUUUCUGUCUGUAUUUAUUCAAAAUAAAAAGUUAAAUAACAAAUUAUUCUACAAAAACAAACUGCCUUUUACAAAUUCUAUUUUAUGUAGCGUUUAGAACAUACAAAACUGUCAGAUAAAGAAAAAGAUUAAAUUUAAAGUCACGUUAUAGGCAUUCAUUUAUGUUUCACUCUCUAUCAACAACUUUUUUAGUUAAUAUUUCUUAGAGAUGUAUUUAAUCUCAAUCCAGAAAAUCAGUCAUCAAAGAAAACCUUCAAUAAAAAUCAAAUGUUUCGACUUUAAAAUAAGGAGAAUACAGAAAAAGAUGAAGUCAAUUGUGUUGCGCUCAUAUUAAAAUAAAAUAAAAAUUACUGAAAAACUUGAACUUUCUUGGCUCGAACAUUGAGCACCUGUCACAAGAACAAUGCACUAAAUACAAAGAKAAAAAGAGAAAACYRUUUCACAUUUGAAGCAUUUUCUUUGGGGGCCGGUUAACAUGCUAACGAGGGCCAGAUUUGGCACACGGGCCUUAAGUUUGGKGUAAACCGUCAGGCUUUCUCAUGUGGUAAAACCCUGCUUGAAUGUUUAAUUUGUGUAAUCUGUGAGUUUUAAAAGUGUUUCCUUGRAAUCUGUAAGAUUUUUAUUCCGAUCUGCCUGAAACUUUGUUUUCUUGAUUUUAAUUGUAUUCGUUUUAUGCAGUUAUAACCACAUUUAUCCUGCCUUCAAACUAACGUCAGAUUUUCCUUUCUAACAACUUUUACAAUCCAUUUUGUUUAUGAGAAUGGGUGGAUUCUGGCGUGUGUCCAGACAGCUGUUUCAGAACUGAUAAUGUGUAAAAACACAAGUUUCUAACUGCAGCUGUUGGUCUGUGAAACAAUUUAAUUUCCACCAAGUAAAAAUCYAACUUUGACACCAUGUAGAUCGUUUAUGAUCCUGACAAAAGCAAAUAUGGCUGAUUAGGGUUUGGCAACUUUACUUUGAUCUCCUAAAGUUGGUUUCUUUUAAAAUGUUUGGUAAUUUUCCAGCAAAAGUGACACCGUUGCAGUUUUUAUUACAACGAUCUUUGCAGAUUCCAAACAUCAGGUUUUACUGA